AAAAUUAAUACAGUCCGAAAAUGGCACGCCAUUCCACAAUAGCGUCGGCCUGUAAGAACAACCUGCCCUAUCCUCAUAUAUAUAUUUAUCUGCUAUACUGCUUCAUUUUAAACCCUCUCUGUUAGUAGUUAAUUACAAAGAUUUGUUGUUGAUUAGACAAUUCAAUGGCUCAUGAAGGACGCUUUCCUGAUUCGAUCAAACCUCGAGAUGUAUGCAUUGUCGGUGUUGCAAGAACUCCGAUGGGUGAUUUCCUUGGUUCUCUUUCCUCACUGUCAGCUACCCAACUUGGCUCUGUUGCUAUUGAAAGUGCACUUAAAAGGGCUAGAGUUGAUCCAUCACUCGUAGAAGAGGUCUUUUUUGGAAAUGUUUUGAGUGCUAAUUUGGGGCAAGCACCUGCAAGACAGGCGGCAUUAGGUGCAGGAAUACCUAAUAAAGUGAUCUGCACCACAAUUAAUAAAGUAUGUUCUUCAGGGAUGAAAGCAACAAUGCUUGCAGCACAGUCUAUCCAAUUGGGUGCCAAUGAUGUUGUUGUGGCUGGCGGUAUGGAGAGCAUGUCUAAUGCUCCUAAAUAUCUAGCAGGAUCGAGAAAGGGUUCUCGAUUAGGACAUGAAAAUAUAAUUGAUGGGAUGCUUAAGGAUGGCCUAUGGGAUGUUUACAAUGAUUUUGGAAUGGGGGUCUGUGCUGAGUUAUGUGCUGAACAGCAUAGAGUGACAAGAGACGAGCAGGAUUCUUAUGCAAUUCAAAGCUUUAAUCGAGGAGUGGCUGCUCAAAGAAGUGGUGCCUUUUCAUGGGAAAUAGUUCCGGUUAAAGUUUCUGGGUUGAGAGGAAAAGGUUCUACUGUCGUUGAUAAAGAUGAAGGCCUGGGAAAGUUCGAUGCAUCAAAACUGAAAAAACUCAGGCCAAGUUUCAAGACAAACGGGGGUUCUGUCACUGCUGGCAAUGCUUCUAGUAUAAGUGAUGGUGCAGCUGCACUAGUGCUGACUAGUGGUGAGAUGGCACGUAAACUUGGCUUACAAGUGAUUGCGAAGAUCAGAGGCUUUGCUGAUGCUGCUCAGGCCCCUGAGUUAUUUACUACGGCUCCAUCGCUAGCCAUACCGAAAGCUAUCACAAAUGCUGGUUUGCAGGCUUCUGAAGUUGAUUAUUAUGAGAUAAAUGAAGCCUUUUCUGUUGUGGCUCUUGCUAAUCAGAAGCUCCUUGGGAUCAGUGAUAAAAAAUUGAAUGUUCAUGGAGGUGCUGUGUCUUUGGGACAUCCACUUGGUUGCAGUGGAGCUCGGCUUUUGAUCACAUUACUUGGGGUACUGAGACAAAACAAUGCAAAGAUUGGUGUUGCUGGAAUUUGCAAUGGGGGAGGAGGAGCUUCUGCUCUUGUUCUGGAGCUCAUGCCAGGUGCAGUGGUUGGACGUUCAAAGCUGUGACAACUUUAUGCUUAAUACUGGGCUUUCUCAACAACUGUCUAAGCUGUUGGUGUUGUAAACUACGUGUAGCUGUUAUACCAUAAGGAUCUGAUGAUAGUAACCGUAAAAAUAAGAAAAGUAGCAUCUCAAUUUAGCGUUGCUAUAGAUUGCAACUGCCAUUACAAAGUCAUAUUCACCGGUGUAUACAGUAGUUGGAGUGCUUUCUAUAAUUAUACCGAGAAGGGACACAAAAUCAAAAUCAAAAUAAGAUGUAUCAUCGGCCAGCUAUGAGAUGCCCUAAGCAGGUGCUCAUAUUUAUGCACGCAUUGGAGCUUAAUGUUAUAGGAAGGCAUAAUGUGCUAGUUGGAGCUAAGUCCAUGUUAGCUUCAACUUGAACUUGUUUGUGAAUGACUAGUUUCGAUAGUGGCUCUACCUGACUUCGUGUGAAUUGUGAUCAUAUCUGUAUUUUUGCUCAGAUGUUCGGUUCUGGUAA